AAUUUAUUUUUUUUCAUUAAUUAAAAGAAAAUGGCACCAAUUAGUGAUGCGAUACCAACUUAGGAAGAAAAGAAAGAUACCCAAGACAGAAUAAGCACAGAAGCUAAAAGAAUUGAUUUCUUCAAAAAUGCACUCUCAAAAGGUCUGGAAGCUUUUAAUAUUGGAGGAAAUGAUGAACAAAAUGAUGAUUUCUAAGAUGAGAGAUCUGUGUCUUAGAAUAGUAUAACCUAUUCGGUUACAUCAGUCACCUCAGGAAUAAUGAAAAAUUAAAGACUACCCUUUUUUAUUGGUUCAAAAAUCUUCAUGGAUGAUAGACACAUAGGACUUAUUCUCAGAGAUGAUGAUGAUGACGAAGAUGCACCUCAAGAUGGAUAAAAUAUCAUCAGUUAAGAUGUUUAUGAUCCUAGUAGUAGCAGAACAUAAAGUUAAAUAAAUGGAAAUUCCAUCCACUAAGGUGAUCCAAAUGCAAACGGAAUCCCACCAGCUCCUCCAAUGGAUAAUAUGAAUGGAAUUCCUCCUGCUCCUCCUAUAAAUAUGAAUGGAGUACCUCCUGCUCCAGCUAUUGGAAAUUUAAUACCACCUGCUCCUCCUAUUAAUGGAAUUCCACCACCCCCACCUGUUAAUCUAAAUUAAAGUGGAAUACCUAAUGCUCCACCUAUUCUUGUCAAUAGCAAUGCACCACCUGCUCCACCUAUUAAUCUUUUUAUUCCUCCUCCACCAUCAAUAAAUAUGUAAGGAAGCAGUGCUGCUCCUCUUAUUCCUCAAUAAAAUUCUAUGGGUUUAGAAAAUAGCGGUGCAGUAGAUGAAGGAAAUUUGUAAUAAUAGCUCUUAAUGGCUUUAUAAAAAUAAACUAAUAGACAGAAUAGAGCACCAUCAACGGCUCAGCCUCGUCCUUUGACUCUUUAGGAAGAGAUUCAAAAAAUUGGCAGACAAAAAAAUUAAGACCAUGCUCUUGUCGAGUAAGAAGAAGAUCCUUCCUUGAUUCGUCCUCCUCCAGCUCCUUAAAAUAAUGCUCCUUUUAGAAUGUCUGUUAGAGAUGCUUUGACACAAAGUAUAAUUGGAGAUCCUAUGGCUGCUAGCAGUUAAGAUUAAAAUAGUAACAGCCAAACUAAAUAAGUUAAUAAAUAAUUGCCAGUUCCUUCUGCUUUGUUUUCUCAAGCUGGAUUUAUUAAUAACCUAAUGAACGAUGAAGAUGAUGAAGGAGAAGAAAAAUAAAAACCUACCAGGCAUAGAAGCACAAGAUUUACUUUCAACAAUCUUUUCAACAUAGAAAAACCUUAAUUUGAUGAAGAUGACUAAAUCGAAUUAGAUAAGAAUAAAAAUAACAAAAGUAAUGUUUCAUCCAUGGUCUAAUAGCCUAGUGAAGGAAAGAAAGUUUAAUUUAUGGAACCUAAUUAACAAAGCAAUUUAUUACCUCCACCUCCUCCUAUUGCUCCACCUAUUCCUAUUUUAAAGUAGGAGCCCCCAAAGAAGAAACUUGAAAAAUUAUUUGAAAGCUCUGAUGAAGAUAGUAAAGAUCCAUUUGCAAAAGCUUAGAAGAUAGGCUAAUAGUAUAGAUAAGAAGAAAAGCAAGCAAAAAUUUAAGCCAUCACAAGAUAAAGCACAAGUAAUAACACAAAGAAAAAAAUAUUUGAUGACUCUGAUUCAGAUGUUGAGAAUUUCAAAUCAAAAUAAACACCUGUGCCUCCAGUUCAAAAUAAUCCUCCACAAAGAUAAACAACUACCAAAGCUAAAAUUUUCAACAGUGAUAGUGAAGAUGAUGAUAAGAAGCCAAAAUAACAAGCUCCCGUUCCAGCUGUUAGCAAUCCUUUAGCUGCUUCCAGUAAUUCAAAACCUCAAACAGAUUUAAAACCUGCCAUUAAAAAUCCUUUAGGUGGCAUAGGCUCUAGAGUAUCUAGUAAAAAGAGAGGAUUAUAUGAUGAUUCUUCAUAAAACUCCAAUUCAGAAGAUGAAUCUUCUUCUGCUUAAGCUCAGAAUUCUUAGGCAGCUGCUUUAAAACAAUAAUAAGAAGCAGAAAAGCAAAAAUAAGAGGCAGAAAGAAUCUAAAAAGAAUAAGAACAAGCAAGAUUAUAAUAGGAAGCUCAAAAAAGACAAUAAGAAAAGGAAGAGGAAGAAAGAAAACGCAAAUUAGAGCAAGAAGAGCAAAUGAGACAACUUAAAUUGAAGCAAUAAGAAGAAGAAAGAAUUCUCAGAUAAAAAAUGGAAGAAGAGCAAAGAAAAAAAUAAUAAGAGGAAGAAGAAGAAAAGAAAAAGCAAGCUGCGGCUGCUGCUGCCUCUUAAUUAAGCUAACCUGUAGCUGCUGGUUUUGGAAGAACUGCAAACAAGACAAAAAAGAAAAAUAAAUUAGCAAGCUCUUCUGAGAAUGAAGAUAGUGAUGAAGAAGAUAAUAAUACUUCUUAAAAAAAUCCUGCUCCUCCAGUAAUCUAAACUACAUCAUCUAUUAUUACAUACAACUAAUAGUCUGUAGAUCCAGCUCCAGCAUUAAAUCCUAUGGAAGAUGCUUUAAAGAAUUCUGAAAAACAAUCUUCUACUUCUGAAAAUCCUAUAUCUAGAAACUAAUCUCUUACAAAUAGAGUCAGUCAAGCUUUAAAGGAUAAAAUUGAAUCUAUGGGUAGUUUUGAUCCUACCAAGAUGCUCAAAGGUAUGACUUUUAUUCCAAAAAAACCUGAAUAAGUUCAAGAAGAAAUCCAUAAAUCAGAAGAUCAAUAGCAACAGGAUUCACAGCCAAUUGAUAAGUCUUUAUUGAUUUCUACUUAAAUGGAUAGAGUUUCUAUUCCCAUGAAGAAGAAGAAAGCAAGAACUAUCUAAAAAUUUGUAGAUACUAGUGAUUAAUAAUAGCUUACAGUCAGCAAUAAUUUCGCUAGCAAUAAAGCUUCAAUUAUCUUACCUGAUGAUGAGGAUGAAAAACCUCUAGCAGUUCAGAAGAGAAAUAUUCCUAUCAAAGAAAAGGUAUCCAUAUAACCUCCUACUUCUAACCUGCCAAACAUAUCAAAUAUGCCUAAAAAAGGCCUUGAUUUAGGCAAUAGUGAUGAUGAUAGUGGUCCUCUAAUGUAAAAAAAAACCUAGCCUUUAUCAAGACCAUCUAAUCCUGUUACUCAGUCUCAAUCUAAGCCAAAAGGAGUAUUAGACUUAGGGGCAUCUGAUGAUGAUGACAAACCUUUAAUGAAUAAAAAACCCUAAGCUCCUGCUGUCUAAAAACAAAAUCCUUUACCUCCUUUACCUGCUGAUGAUACAAUUAAACCAAUUCAACAUAAUCCACCAGCUACUUUAACAAGCUCCCAAAAGAAUGAUGAUAGUGCUGCCUAAAAUAAACUGCUUAAGGGUCUUCCUAAUAUCUUAGGAGCUCCAAAAUCUUCUGAGAAUAAAAAAUCUACAAAGCUAAAACUUGGUGAUAGUGAUGAUGAUGACAAACCAUUAGCAAUACAAAAGCGUUAAGUUUAAUCAUUAAUGCCCUAAAAUAAUACCUAGUCCAAUUAGAAGCAAAAUAAUGACAAUGAUGAUUUAGGCAUUAAACCAAUAGCUAGAAAUUCUGAAAGCUUGCAAGGAGCAAGUGGAUUACCAAACAUUUUGUCUAAUCCUCUCUCCUCCAAUUCUAACCAAGCUCCAAGCCGCGCUUCAGGAUUACCUAACAUUUCUUCAAAUCCUUUAGGAAAAAGCAAUAUGGCAACUAAUAAAGAUAAAAAAGAUAAAAAGAAAAAGGUUAUGUUUAGCGAUGACGAAGAUGAAGAGCAAGAUUCUAAACUUGCUAUGCCCAAGUUAAAUUAAAGACCUUCAGCAGGACUAAGCAAUGAUGCAACAGAGAGUGUACCAAAACCAACUAGUUUGCCUCAAAGACCUUCUAAAAAGAAUCUUUUUGGAGAUGACAGUGAUGAUGAUUAGAUAGGCAACAACAAUGCUGCCACAAAUGCUCCUAAACCUCCAGAGAGACCUUCAGCUAAUUUAUCAGGAAAGCCAAAAGGCAGAAAUCUUUUUGAUGAUUCAGAUGAUGAUAAUAAGAAGCCAGAAGUUUCUGCAACAACAUCUAAUCCUCUUUCAUAAAGCAGUAACUUGAAUACAGCACCUGUUAAACCUUAACUUCCUUCCUUAUCAAAUCCUAAACCUUCAAAUAGAAAUUUGUUCAAUGAAGACAGUGAUGAUGAACCACUUAAAAAUGCUUCAAAAAAUCCUUUGGGUUAAGCAAAAGGCUUAUAAAACCCAUUAGCUUAAUCAAGACCAUCCUAAAAUCCACUUGGUGGAGGUAAAUAGGCACCUCCUUCAAAGCCUAAGAAGAGUCUAUUUGAUGAUUCUGAUUGA